UUGUUUAGAUACGUCCGUGUGGUUCAGAAGAGAAUAUCUCCAUAUGAAUGCGGUCCCAAUGGGCUGGAACCCAAUCGUCUUGUAAAGGAAUACGCCAGAAGUGCGGCUGACCAGGAUAACCCUUUACCCCAUGAACUGCGGCCGAAAGAAUUGUUGAAGGACACCAUGGAUUAUCUUCUCAAAUACGUACUUGAUUCUCCACCCGAAAGUGAUGACGAUUUAGCCAUGUGGUAUGAUUUCUAUGGAGUCGUACGCGUGCUAUACGCAAAGAAAUUACCCAGCUCAUGUUAUCGGAUGCUACUGCUGUGUGCUCGACUUCAUAUUCUGUGCGCGUACAAGCUCUGCCACCUGGGCUUUGAUCGCUUCGAUCAGAACAUGAAUACGGAAAACCUUGCAAAAUGUCUUCAGUCUCUGAGACACCUUUAUGAAGAUUUGGGAUUACAAGGCGAAACUUUUGACACGGAGGCUGAGUUUCGUGGUUAUGAUGUUAUGCUGCACCUCCAUGACAGCAAUAUAAUGAGACAAGUGUUGUCAUAUCGAAAGGAAGUUCGUGAAUCUCAGCCAGUUAGACUAGCCCUUCAGCUGUCAGGCGCUUUGCAAAACAAGAAUUAUGUGAGAUUUUUCCGUUUACUGAAGAAAGAAGCCACAUUCCUACAGUGCUGCAUCUGUCAUCGUUAUUUCAACACGGUCCUUUCAAAUGCCUUGCUUACCAUGAUGACUGCCUAUGGUCGCAGUGCUGCAUUUCUCUUAGAUACGAGAUAUUUGCUACGAAUUCUUGCUUGGGAUGAUACUGGAGACGUUAUAAAAUCUCUCGCUCUCUAUGGAAUCCAUCCAAAUAAUUUGGACAAUGAGCAGGUGUUUUUCGACCGUGAUGAAUUUAUACAAGAUCCCGAUGCGCCAGCAAGACCUUAUCGUUGGAUAAAUGCAAAGAAUUAUGCUGCAUGGAGUCAGGUGGUCUACGGACCCAAACCCUUCUCGUUCUCUUCUGUUGCUGUGAUGGCGGAUUCGUUCGAUGGUUCUGGGCGUUAUAACAAAGACCCAGUUCUUUUGGCUGUUUUUGAGAAAUACUCACUUCAAUCGGAAGUUCAGCAGUUAGUAUCCGAGCAAGCUGCAGCACCGUUCAAGCCGGCUUCGAUAGCGGCUAUUAGACAAGGACACCAUGAAGCGCGAUCAUGGGUGAGUUCCACCGUUGAAAAUGUAGUGCGUGAGGUGUCAGACAAGGAGUGUCUUACAAUAUGUCGAGCUGCAAACGAGGAGCGACAGGAACGAGAUCGUGAGCGAGCGCACUUGGAAUCAGAAAGACUGAAAGAAGAGAAAGUGAAACUUAUACGUCGGAUUCUCGAGAAAUUGCUUGAUGAAGUCGUUGCAGAGCAGAUGAAAGCGCUGAUCAAACAGGAAUUGAGAGAUGGAAUUUGCGCCCAUAUCGAUACCACAGCAAAUCUUUUGCUGGAGGAGUUGUGGCGCUCAAAAUUGUGGCACACUGUCGAUAAAGAAACAAAAGCGAUCCUCAAGAAAACGUUAAAAUCACAGCUGGACUUCAGCGAUUCCGGGAACAGAUGGAGUUAUUGUGGUUACGACAGUUUUGGGAUGUUUGGCGUACUCGGGUAUUGGAGAACCGAAGGAAGCGCCAAGAACGUCGACAUGAUUGGGGAACAUUUCGAGGCGUUUGGAAUUGUCAAAUGUUCUCACCAUCUAAUUAUGCAAAACUCAACAAAUCUGGUCAUGGCGCUAAGCAUUCUCGACAGCCAAAAAGUAGAAUUCUCACUGAAGCUGGUGCAGUUCAAAAAAGCUCGCUUGAAGAGAAUUAUGCGGAAGUAUUUCGAUAAAUGGCGAUACUACGUCGAAAUGCGACGAACGCCAAAAACAAAAAUGGGCACGAUGCUCCACCGUCCUAAGACAAUUAAGCUGGCUCCAUCCUCUCCGUUUCGACCUCCUUAUGCAGAUAGAGCAAAGCGAAAAAGAGCUUAUCCCGAUUCUUUCUCUAUAUUGGAUUAUUCCUUGUCGGAUCGAAUAUCGCUCCACGAUACAUUUAACACAUCUUGUGAUAGUCGAUUUAUAACGUCAAUGGAAGCACAAGAAAAACAUUCAGAAUACGAUUAUCAUGAAAUGUUCCUAUCAGAUAGCUACUUUGAAGAGUGGGAUCGUCCGAUAGACGUUUCGGAAAUUUCCAAACCAUUUCGACCGCCUUCACCAAGACCAGAAGAGUACUAUGCUGAACAAAAUGAGUUCCGUACGGACGGCGCAUCUACAUGCAGUGGUGAUCAGGAGUCCAAGUCUUUCAUUUUACGAAUCUCAAAAAUGGGAUUGUCCGAGUGCAGAAAGAAUCUACUGAAAGCACGAAUUACUUAA